AUGGCGAGAGCAACUUUCGCUGAUCUAGUCUAUGGAAGACCUCCAUUACUGUUCCUCAUAUCAGUAAUAUCAGUAAUGAUUACACCGAACCAUGCCUUCCAUUUAGCAUUACGGGAUUCAGACAGCUGUCCCAGUUCGUACCAGAAAUGUGGAGCUGCUGGGCUGCCAGGCUCAUUUUGCUGUCCUUCUUCCUCAACCUGCAUCAGUCUAGACAAUGCAAGCUCGGCCAUAUGUUGCCCUAAGGGUCAAGCAUGCACAUACAUUGAACCCAUCAAUUGCAACGUACAGCUGCAAAAUGCCACCCUUCAUCCAACAAACCCAGUCAAGACCGUCAGACUCGAUGAUCAGCUGCCCAAGUGUGGCAAUUCAUGUUGUCCGUUCGGAUAUAAAUGCAAAGGAAACCAGCUGUGUGAGAUGGACAAUAACAUCUCCUCAACCCCAACCCCUAGUGGGAAUCCAAUAUUGGCGACCACCGGGACAUCGUCAACCAUCUCGGUCACAUCCACGGCAUCAGACGUUUUACCCACGACUGAUCAGUUGAAGCCAACAACCCUAUCGCCCUCUGAUGCGAAUCCCUCAGCUUCAAACUCCCCUUUGACCGACGCUAAUUCGAGCUCAGCUUCAGUCGCAGCAGCAUGUCCUUCGUUCCCAACUCAAGCCGUUAUAGCCGGCUUUUUCCCGGGAGCCAUAUUUGGAGCCGUACUUGCCUCAGCGGCCAUGUUCUGCUGGAGAAGACGUCGAAAUGGGCACGAGAACUCUCACGGAAAGCUCCCUCGGCAUAACAGCAUCUACAACAGUACACCAUUCAGCAUAUCUCACCCUAUUCCAUCCGAAGAGAGCUCCUACCGCACUGACUUCCUCCUUGGUCGAUCCCGCCGGAGCUCCUCACGCUCAGUGCUCCACCGCACAGGGACCAGAGUGAAAAGUCUAUUCGGCUCGACCCCCAAAAGCGUUGUCCAUGACAUGGAUCAUAUACCCCAGGUACCCAUUACUCCACCACCGCAGGUCAAACGGCAAGCUAGUACCGAGAGCAUCAAGGUAUACACUCCUCCAGGUGGGCUUCCGGGUACAGGGAUGCAGAAACGGGGCCACUACAUAUCUAUUGGACCGGACAAGGGUUUUGUGGAGAUGUUUGAUAGGGUCGGAUUUAUGAAUAAAAAAGGCGAUCCAUGCUUCAAGGUAGCCGAGUCUCCUGAAGCGAGUAGAUUCAACCUACAAAUUCCACGGAACGGAUAA